UUUCCUCCGGUUUUUUUUUUUUAUGUGUGGCUAAUGUGCUAAAUGCUACCUACUCGUUCAAAAGACCGGCAAGUUUGUCCCAUUCUAAAUGUUUCAGAAAAGGGCAAUCGACAGGCUGCUUGCGGUUAGUUGCAGGCGUCUAGCUAAACACUGACACGUCGGUAACGUCAGUUUUAUUUUCAGUGUAAGGGUAGGUGCUGUACAGAGCUCCACAUCAUCAGUGAGCACAUCCACAGCCUGAUCAUGGAGAGAGCGAGGCAAACAUUGGAAAAUAUUAUGGAAGAUGGUCUAGGCAGAGAUUUAAUGGAUGCCGGUCGUUUUUGCUUCAGCUGCGAGCAGAUAUUCGCAAAUCGGAAAUGUUUGGAGGAACACGUGUGUUCUGCUACAAGUUUCAUCUGCUCCUGUGGAACAGAGUUUACUGAAUACAAAGAUAUGUUGGAGCACAGUACAACACAUGAACCAGGACACCAAGUGCUUGAUCAUGAAACAAUAAGGAAGCGCAGAUUGGAGAAGCGCAAAGAAGAGGAGGAGCAGCUGAAAAGACUUCAGACAGGCGAAGUUGUUUGGAAUGCACCUAAACGGGACAAUAUGGCAUCCAUUUCUUUGCCGGUGAAGCCUAUGCUCCAAGUCCCCAUUAUGCCAAAAGUUUCCCAGCAGUCUGAAGAGAUUUCACAAGUGCCUGGGUUGUACCCUUCUUUGUCACAAGCAUCUUUAAGAUGUCUCCCAAAUCCUAUCUCAUCUACAACAGACAUGAAGGAUAUUUUUGCAAAUGUGGGUGCACCAACAGUGGAUCUUUGGACACUUUACCAGCCAGUUGUGUUGUUGCAAACGGUGCGCAAAUUUAACAAGAAAAAGCCUUACACUUGUGGUAAAUGUGGGCAGUGUUUUAUGACAAAGACCUCUCUCAUAUCCCACCACAGCUCUCAUGUCAUUGACAAAGUUUCUGGCUGUAUAGGGUGCGGGCUGCUGCUCUCUAGCAAGAAGUUAGUGCCUCGCUUCCAUGUUUGUAACUCACCCAACAGUACGACUAAAUUCAGAAUCAUCACUGCGAGACCUCUGAGGCUAAAUCAAGCAAAUCAUACAAACAGGAGUCCAAAUCCAAGUGGUGGGGGGGCUCAGUCCACCAUCUAUCCCAAGAUGAAAAGCCAGAAUCUCAGUGCAGCCAGUAAAGGCAGUCAGGCACCUCAUGUUACUUCCACCCUGCAGUUAAAAAAUCAGAAUAUCAGAACAUGCAGUCAAAGCAAUGGGCGGCUUCAUGUUAAUCCACCACUGCAGCUGAACAGUCAGAAUACCUGUGCAUCUAGGCCUCAAGUCCCUAUCCCCCUUCCACCGAAGAGCCAGAGUUGGUCUAAUGAAAGCAGCAGCAGGCUUCCUGUUAGUCACUCUGGACAGCUCAAGGCACCUUUGAACUCUACGUCAGGUGUAUCGAACAAACCAAUAAAGGCACCCUCUGUAUCAAACGGGUUCACAUGUAGAGUCUGUCAUAUUCCUUUUGAAACUGCUCAGCUACUUCAGAGGCAUAAGUGUAUUAAAGCACAGGAAUUUAUGGCACAGCACAUGCACAGUGGUAAACAGCAUUACAAACUAAAGAGAGUGACACCAAUGGUAAGCCCGAAUCCUGUUCAGAUGAAUGGUGAAAGACAGCUUGGGGUUCCAGCUUCUGGAAACAUAAAGAAAAACCAUGUCAUGGUGGUCGGUCUGGACAAAGGGCAAGGGGUGGGUCCUGCGAGUCGGAAAACAGCAGUGGAUAUGGAAGAUGAUUGUUACAUCGUUGAAAGCGGACCAGACAAACCUGCUGAGAUGAUUUAUCAAGUAACCUCAUCUGUCCCUAUUAAGACUUGACAAAACUAGAAAGCACAUCCAGUUUGCAUGGCACAUUUUAUGUUAAUUAUGGACCAAGAGCUUAAAGUUAGCAGAUGGCAGUCUCCUGGUUGAACAACAUCUACUUGCUUAGGUUCAGUGUACAGGAACAUGGUACCUCCUGCCUUUCUCUGUGUUCAAAGACUAAGAAGUGUAAGAUGGAUAAUGACAGUAAACACACAUCUUAAUUAUGAUGAUUUCUUUUGCCAGUGAACAGUCCAAUAUUGACACAUAGGAUAUGUAAAUCAAAAAAAGUAAAUAAAGUUUAUUAUUAAAAUGUAUGUACAUGGUUUAUCCAUGUUUGGUGGAAUAACCAGGUACUGUAUUAUAUGGGUUUUUUAUGUUUUUAGUCUGAGCAGAAUGUUGUGAGGCUGUGGGAAAUUACCACCUUGUUUGUUCUUUCCAGUUCUGUCAGACUUUAAGAUUCCAGUAUAUGUUAUAUUAAACUAUAUUUUCAAAUUGA